GCAGGUGCUUGGCGGCGAGAAAACAAACUUUGUAAAAUUUAGAAUAAAAUCGAAGAAGUAUUGAAAACAGUCCUUAAUUUACUAUAAGAUUACUAUAAACCCCCACUAGCGUGACAAAGGCACUCCAGGGAUAUGUCGGAAGGCGGUGGAAGGAGCCAGGGUCACUCCAAGAGUCCCCAGGGCCAGGGUCAAACAAGGAGGAGAGUUAUCAAAGUUGAAAAGAAGAUAGCUGAUGAUGAAUUCAUGGCAGCAGCCAUAGGGGAUGUUGAUUGGCUGAGACAGAGUGUCAAAGACUCAAGAGGGGGAGCAGUACAGUUUGAUAAAAAUGGCUUAGCAGCAAUACAUUUAGCAGCAAUACAUGGCCGACUAGAUUGUCUGAAGCUACUGAUUGAGAAGUACCACAUAGAUGUGAACUUGGCCAGUGCCGCAGGCUGGAGGCCUAUACAUGUUACCAUCAGCAACCAGACUGGAAAGAGGUCCUAUAACUGUUUAGAGUACCUACUGGACCAGGGAGCUGAUGCAUCAGUUGUAAAUGAUGAUGGGAUCACUCCUGCCCACCAGGCAGCCUCAGAAGGACAUGUCCAGUGUCUGAAGGCCCUCAUAGAGGUUGGGGCAAAGAUCAAUGAGAAGGACUGCAGAGGACACACACCCAUUGACUUGGCUAAACUCUGGGGCCAUAGGAAAUGUGCCAGGUUACUAGCUGCAGAGACCUGGCAUCAGGAACGAGAAUCAGUUGCCAAGGAGAUGAACCAAUUAAAGAAAAUACAAAUGCAGAAUGCUCUUAAAGAAAUAGAAGAUGGGGAACACCUUGCAGCAGAUAAAGAAUUCUAUGGACAAGUUGCUUUUGAAAACUGGACAAAUGAUAAGGGAUUAACUAAAAAAGCAACAGGACCUGACAAAAAGAAGCUUGAGGAAGAAAAGAUCCAAAGGAGGAAAGAAAGGGCAGAACAAGAGAGGUUAAAACAGGAGAAAAUAAAGGAAGAGCAGGAAGAGUUAAAGAGGCAAGAGGAGGCAAGGGAGGCAUUGCUGAAAGCUAACAGCUUCAGACCUCCAACAGGCAGUAUUCUAGCAAGGCGUGACGACAAUGAUCAAAAGCCACCACCAAGUGGUAGACGUGUCCAAGUUGUUUCUAAGAAACAAGAUGGUGAUGGACAAUCCCUUGAGCCUGCCAGUGUGAGAGAUGCAGUAUCCCCAAGAGCGCAUUCAGUGGCAUCAGCAAGUGAACAUGAUUUAGGACUCUAUGAAAGAGCUGACUCUUCAAAAUCUAAAAACACUAAAAGUGUUUCAUCAGAACGAAGAAAAAAACGAGAACCAGCUUUUAAAAAUCCUAAAAAAUGGAAUAAGUGGUACACGCUUCCCGAGAUGGAAUAUGAAGCUAACCUUAAGGAUGUGUACCCCAGGGACAAUUUCACCAAGUUGCCAACCCACAGAUCAUUCCCACAUGAACUACUUCCAGGGGCUGGGAAACCAGCCAGUGCCUUCAGUCCAAAUGACCGGAAAAAGGUGAUCAAUAAAAAAUAUCGGCAUCCUAAUCUUCCUCAAGAUGUUAUGGAUGAAUUACUUUCAAAAGACCCUAAAAUCAUGGCUGAUGACCCUCUGAACCCAACAAAGCGAUCAGUCCUAUUCCAAUGUAAAAACAUUGUCGAUGCACAAAGCAAGAAAAAAUAUGACUUGGAUGAAGUGCCUGCUCGGUCUGAGACAAUGUUUCACUUGUCGGAUGAUAUGCACUCUGAACUAUUUCAACAGGGUCUUGAACCUGUAAAAACAUAUCGUACAAGUAUGACUCAAAGUACGAACAUUUCAGGCAUCUCGAACUGGUCAACUAAUGAACGGUUAGACAUUGCACGUAUGCUUGAGCGAAUGGGAGGAGAUAAGUAUGAAUUUCCGAAAAUUAAAGGAGAAUCAUAUGAUAUAAAUUUUGGUCAAUUUGUUAUAUAAUAUAAUCAUUUAAACAAUUGCACAUGUACUUGUUACAUGUGUUAACAUGGCCAGAUGUCCUUAUUUGCCAGGAUCAGUGGUGUGCCACUGCCUAUGUGCAUGACCCUAGCUACCUUACUUGACCUCAUGAAUGCAUGUACUCAGUCUGACAGACUGCGGUAACAUGCUACACAGGUAGAUAAUGAGAAAAUGUUGUUUAUUAUUGAUUUACCCUUGGAGCCCUGGAUGUAUUGAUUUCUGUGUCUGGUGGUGAAUAGAGUUGGAAUAAUAUUUCUGCAUCUAUGUUUUUUAUUAGCUGAUGAAUCACUAUAUGAAAAAAUGUAUUGAUGCAUUAAUUUUGAACAACAUAGAGGUACAUGUGUUCUAUCCAUUAAAUGGAAUCACUGUAAAAUAUAUACCGUCUAGUAUUAGUUUCAUCAUCAUGAAAAUUUAUUUAUUUUUCAAUGGGGAACUUUACAUUGUGCAAGUUAGUAAUUUUAACAUCAAUAUCAAUGGAAAAAUUGAAACAGUCAAUUUUAUGAAGCAAAGCUGAAAAUAUGACCUAAACAUUCAGAACACAUGAAAAAA